AUGGAUCACCCGGUAGAGCUACGGAUCCCUGUGGAACCGAUAAGCCUCCAUGCACAAAGGGAUCUUCUAGAUGGUCCUAGUCAGGACGCAACGAACGCUUCUAACUCAGAAGAGCGGUUCAGUGUGCUUGAGCUGCCGCCAGUGGACGAGGGAUUCAAGGCCUGGUUGUUUUGUGCCUCAGCAUGUGCGUUGGAAACAUUCAUCUGGGGUUGGAACAACUCGUAUGGGAUCUUCCAAGAAUUCUAUUCUACACAUACGCCUUUUCAAAGCUCUUCGUUAGUAUCAAUCUCUGCUAUCGGAACAGCCUCUCUAGCGAUCCAGUACAUUGAAAUCAUUGCAGUAAUAGCAGUUUGUCAACGCUAUCCCGAAAAAGUGAAGCCGACAAUGUGGAUUGCGUUACUCAUCUGUGUAACAACACUCACAAUAUCUAGUUUUGCGAGUCAAGUAUGGCAGUUGAUUGUUCUUCAGGGAAUCAUCUUUGGACUUGCUGCGGGAGUCUUGUAUGCUCCGAUCAUAAUGUGGCUCUCUGAGUGGUUUGUUCGAAGAAGAGGACUGGCGGGUGGUAUAAUAUUUGGUGGUGCUGGAGUUGGAGGUUUUGUUUUUCCUCUUGCAAUUGGUGCUUGCCUCGACAACAUUGGUUUCCGUUGGACAAUGCGAAUAUGGGCAGUCAUCUUAGGACUCUCUUGUAGCCUGGCCCUUUUUGGUUCAAAUCCACGUGUACCAGUACAAAGACUCGGGACUAACAGGCCCAAAUCGUUGUGGCCAGCAGGAAUGACGGAUUCUAAAGCUCUUGAUAAGCUAGCAACGAAUAUUUUUCAAGCUCUUGGGUUUUUCCCUGUUAGCAUAUUUAUUUCUACAUACACAUCCGCUUUGACAACCGUCACCCUUUCUCCAACUGUUGUGCUUGCAUUAUUCAAUGCAUCUUCCGUUGUCUGCUACAUAUUGUUUGGUCAAAUAUGCGACUCAUAUCCAUAUGCAACUGUCAUUCUAUGCAGUGGUUUGGGUAGUGCAUUGGGUGCAUUUUUCCUUUGGGGGUUUGCAACAAAUCUUGGACUCGUCUUUGCAUUUGCACUUGUUUUUGGAGGUUUGAGUGGCGGAUUCCCUGGUAUAUGGCCUGCAGCUGCUACCGAGAUUGCUGGAUCGCGUGAUGAACAUACCAGCCUUGCAUUCGGAGCUUUUGGAGUGGCAAAAGGCAUAGCCGCCAUCGUUGGUCCCAUUAUUGCGGCAUCUUUGCACGACAAGAACAAAUAUGGUCUUGCAAAAUACGGUGCUUAUGGUUUUCUGAAGGUGGAAAUUUUUGUGGGGGUUAUGGCUAUCACGACAGUUUUCUGUGCCAUUGCUGUGGCAUUUAUAUCAAGGGCUAAACAUCGAGCAUAG